AUGGGGAUCGUGGGCUCAAAGCUCCUAGAUUUGUCAUGGGAUUCAAUUGGUGUAUUUGAUUUAUUGUUGGGUUCUUUGCAAAUGUGUUUUUGUGGCCACUGGAACUCAAUUUUGUUGGCGGAGCAUAUUCUUGUGCAGGCUCCGUCAAUGCGACAACUACAUUUACAUGGUAUAAGCCAGGACUUUGACUCAAAACAUUUGAAGAACAAGAAGCACUGGAACUCGCUCAACACCGAUUUCUUUCGUGACUCAGUAGAUAAUCCAAUGAGAAUUCGUUCAGUUUCAUGGCGUUCCUUCAUAACCUGCUGCUUUUGGAUAUUUCUGUGUUUCAACACCUAUGUGGUAUCAAGCAAAUGUCUUGAGGACCAGAAAUCAUUGCUUCUCCAAUUGAAGAACAGCCUCAAUUUCACUGAAUCAAGUUCCAUCAAACUGGUGUCCUGGGAUCAAGGCCUGUCCUGCUGUGAUUGGAGUGGUGUCACUUGUGAUGAGCAAGGACAUGUUAUUGGUCUUGAUUUGAGUGGGGAGUCAAUCUUUGGUGGUUUUGACAGUUCAAGCAGUAUUUUCAGUCUCCAAUAUCUCCAGCUGUUAAAUUUGGCUUCCAAUUAUUUCAAUUCUGUGAUCCCGAGUGAGUUAUACAAGUUGAAGAACUUGACCCACCUGAAUUUGUCACAUGCCGACUUUGUUGGGCAGAUACCAAAAGCAAUUUCUCAACUGACCAGGUUAGUUACUCUGGAUAUCUCGUCUCUUUCAUAUUUAACAGGGAAAAAGCUCAAACUUGAGAAUCCAAAUUUGAGGAUGCUUAUUCAGGAUCUUACCAGCAUUAAGCAAUUGUAUCUAGAUGGCGUAACUGUAUCAGCUCAAGGACACGAAUGGGGCAAUGCUUUAUCAUCUCUCACUAGUCUGCAAGAAUUGAGCCUCUCAAACUGCAAUCUUUCAGGUCCCAUUGAUUCUUCUCUCCAAAGAAUGAAGCUCCUCUCAGUAGUUCGUCUUGAUCAGAACAAUUUGUCAGCCACGGUGCCAGACUUCUUUAGUAAUUUUUCAAAUCUGACAAGAUUGGGCCUUAGUUUUUGCGAGUUGAGUGGAACAUUUCCACUAAAUGUCUUCCGGGUAAAAACAUUGACCUUCAUUGACAUAUCUUAUAAUACUGGUCUUAGUGGUUCUCUCCCAAACUUCCCAUUGAAUGGAUCUCUUCAGACCUUGGUAGUGAGUCGCACAAAUUUUACAGGAGGUUUACCAAAUUCUAUCAGUAACCUGACAAACUUGUCCAAAUUAGAUCUUUCAAAUUCUCAAUUUUCUGGACGACUUCCACACUCAAUCUCAAAACUCACUGAACUCUCUUAUCUGGACUUGUCAAAUAACAAUUUCAGAGGUCCAAUUCCAUCGUUCGGUACAGCCAAGAAACUCACGCACUUGGACCUUUCUGGUAAUGUUUUGAGUGGCCAAAUUUCAUCGCCUGGUCGAUUUGAAGGACUACAAAAUUUAGUCAGCAUUACGUUGCGCAAUAACUCCAUCAAUGGCAGCAUUCCUUCCUCUCUUUUUACUCUUCCGUCUUUGCAAAUCAUUGAUCUUUCCAACAAUCAAUUCAAUCAAUUGGAUGAGUUCUCAACUGUGCCUUCCUCCGUAUUAAAUUCCCUUGAUUUGAGCAGUAACAAUUUAUCAGGUCUUAUUCCAUGGUCUAUCUUCCAACUCAGAGCACUCAUUGUUCUCCAACUUUCUUCAAACAAGUUCAAUGGGCCAAUGCCGCUAGAUAUGCUUGCGGAACUUAGAAAUUUGCAUUCACUAGAUUUGUCGCACAACAACUUGUCAAUCAACAUGACCGUGUUAGAUUCUCACCUGUCUCCCUUUCCUAAUAUUACCAGCCUAAAAUUGGCUCGUUGCAAGUUGGAGACUUUCCCUGGUUUCUUAAGACACCAGGUCGAAUUAAUUCAUCUGGAUCUUUCGGAUAACCAAAUCCGAGGUCAGAUACCCACCUGGAUUUGGAAACUUGAAAAUCUCAGCUACCUUAAUCUUUCUCAUAAUCUGCUGACUGAUUUUGAAAGACCGUUGCCGAGUUUGAGUUCUAAUUUUGCACAACUCAUCGUCCUCGACCUUCAUGACAACCAUAUCGAGGGGCCAAUUCCUCUCUUGCCUAGGUUUGCCGACUAUUUGGACUACUCAACCAAUAGAUUCGACUCCGUUGUAAUCCCAGCUGAUGCAAGUGAUUACUGGGAUUUCACAGUGUUCAUCUCCCUAUCAAAUAAUUCUUUUCAAGGCAGUAUUCCUAAAUUCUUGUGCAAUUUUUCAAGUCUUGAAGUGCUUGAUCUUUCCCACAAUAACUUUUCUGGUAAAAUUCCCCCAUGUUUAACGGGAAUGAGCGAGACCCUUGGAGUAUUAACUCUACGGGAAAACAACCUUACAGGUGGCAUACCUGACAAGUUUUCAGCAAUAUGUGCUUUAAGGACACCGGACCUCCAUGGAAAUCAAUUAAAUGGACCAAUGCCAAAGUCUCUGUCAAACUGCAUGACAUUGGAGGUGCUAGACCUUCGAAACAAUCGUAUUAUGGAUGUCUUUCCAUGUUCAUUGAAGCAAAUAUCCAUGCUUCGUGUCCUGGUCUUGCGACAAAACAAGUUCCAUGGUUCCAUCGGAUGCCCGAACACCAUUGAUAUCUGGCAUAUGCUUCACAUUGCCGAUCUAGCUUUCAACAAUUUUACAGGUAAACUAGCAUUGAAAUCCCUGGCAACGUGGGAAGGAAUGAUGCCCGACGAAGCACAAAUACUACAAUAUAAGAUUGAUGGUGAUGUUUAUUAUCAGGAUACGGUGACUAUUAGUAGUAAAGGCCAAACUGUGCAGUGGUUUAAAAUUUUAAACUUCGUGACUGCCAUUGACUUCUCAUCCAACUUUCUUGAAGGGCCAAUACCAGAAGAAUUGAUGAAUUUUAAAGAAAUAUAUACUCUCAACUUGUCCAAUAAUGCUCUCUCCGGCCAAAUACCAUCAUCUAUCGAGAAUUUGAGGGAGCUUGAGUCAUUAGACCUGUCAAGCAACUUAUUGACAGGGGAAAUACCAGCACAGAUGGCAGAUUUGCAUUUUCUUUCAUUCUUGAACCUCUCAUAUAAUCAUCUAGAGGGGAGAAUUCCAAGUGGUACUCAGAUUCAAUCUUUUGAUGCAUAUUCGUUCAUUGGCAAUGACGGGUUAUGUGGACCUCCUUUGACCCCAAAUUGUGGUAGCGAUGAAGCACCAGGUAUGUCACGAUCAUCUCACUCUGGGAGUUCAAUUGAUUGGAAUUUCAUAAGCGCCGAAUUGGGAUUUGUUUUUGGCAUUGGGAUUGUUCUUUUGCCUCUAGCAUUUUGGAAGCCUUGGAGAAUAUGGUACUGGCAACGCAUGGAUGACCUGCUUUAUAGGAUCUUCCCACAGCUGGACUUUGUGUAUGAACACCGUGGAGGGAAGAAUUACAGAGCUCUAAGGUGGAAGUCUCACUAA